GAGUAACAGCGGAGAGUCGGAGGUGGCCCGUGCCUGUGGCUACCCGUGACCGCCUGUGGCUCGAGCCCUGUGUAACUCGUCGCCGUUGUAACGUGACGCGCGCGCGAGAGGAGGUGCGUGUGCGAGAGGAGGACGCGUUACGCGCCCGGAGUUCGUUCGCCCGUUUUACCUCCGUUGUCCGGAGGUCGCCGCGCCGCCGCUGCCGCCGCCGUCGCGUUCAUCGGAAGCAACGGCGCGAGGUGCUCUGCCGCCGUCUCUCUUACUCGCUCCUCUCUCGUUUUCUUUCUUUCUCUCUCUCACACACACACAACACCACACACACCGCGCGCGCGCGCGCUCUCUCUCUCUCUCCUUCUCUCUUCCUCUCAUUCUCCGUUCCUUUUCCUGCCUCGAUCUUUCUCCCUCUCUCUCUCUCUCUCUCUUUCUCUUUCUCGUACACACGCGGAGUGUGAUCGGUACAGUGUGCGAUCAGUGCGACGUGAUACGUUCUCGCUCGUGGAUCGCCCUUCGCCUGUGCUUCUCGCGCGACAGAAUAGGUGCUCGCGCGUACGUCAUUGUGAAAAAGACUGUCAGGAGUGCCUUACUAAACUUCCUCCCCCCCUUGAGCUGUGGCUGUCGUACGACACACGUUCACCGUCACCGUCACGGCGAGAUCGUCCGAGUGAAGCAGGAGAGAAAGACGGGCAGAUAAGAAGAGAAAGAGAGAGAGAGAGAGAGGAGGAAGGAAAGAGAGAAAGAUAGCGCCUCGACGCUCGUCGGACGACAGAGUGAUACGGAGCGUGCGUAAAAUUGGCAUUAAUCGUGCACACGGCCACACGUAGCUCCCGAUAAUUCGCAGAGGCGACAAUAAGAGGGCCCGCCGUAAGGAUGCUGUACGCUUACGCGAAGAUCGAGAGGCCACGAGUCGUGUCACGAGCCUGCAGCAGCGUAACCAGCUGAGAAUGUCAGAGCAAAACGGGCCCAGCGAGGGCCCAGGGCCAGGACCCGGUUCGGACUCGAGCUGGUGGCCAACCACGCAGACUUGGAAGUCGUCAGCGGCCGCCUCGUCGUCGACUGCGUCGAUCCCGACUUCGGCGGCGGGCUCAGCGUCCGUCUCUGUCUCCUGCUCCGCGUCCAGCUCAUCCUCGACGAGUUCCUCCACCUCGAUCAACUCGUCCGCGACCUGUUGUCCCUCAUCGUGCAUCGGCGUGUCCUGCACGAUGAGCCCGAGCCGUUCCACGGAGACGGGGAAAAACGUGUCCGUCACCACGAUUAACGUACCGCCCAAUCAAGAAAUGCACGAUGGUAAAGGGGUAUGUAAAUAUCUCGGGGGCCAAAACGGCGUGACGGUGUCGGUGGUAUCGACCUCGGUACUGGGAUGCGGAAACGCGAAUGCCGUCCCGACAAGCGGAAUCUGCACGAAUACGGGGCCGCAUAGUAUCGGCAUCGGAAUUGGUGGCAUCCUCGCCGCGAACGCGGCCGACAUCGAUGAUCCCGAGGAUAGCGACGGUGAGAUUAGCAAGAUUGACUUUAGAGGCGUCAAUCUACGUUCGAAGAAGAAACGCGACGUAUCGGGUAAUCAGAAUGGCGACAAAAUCGGUGACGGAGACGCGAACGGCGACGGCGGGGGAUGCUGCGAUGACAAUUCGCAACAGCAGCCUGAGAGGCCUAUGUCGUGGGAGGGUGAACUAUCGGACCAAGAAAUGUCUUCCAAUACAAUUACUAAUCAGGACCACAACGAGGAAACGUCCAUGGAGGGGGUUCAAGUAUGCAGCACGAGUCCUGGGCCUAUGGAACAGAAGUUCCCAAUUAAGUCGGAGCCGGAUUUUCGAUCUAGCCCAGGUUUCACAAUAGGAUCCUUUCACGACGGUGGACUGCCCAUAACACACAAUCAACAAUUGCAGCAACAACAACAGCAACAACGCGGUAUCGAAAAUCUCGAACAGACUCAACAGAGCGACCUACCGUUGCUCGUAGGCAAGCUUCUCGGUGGAUACAACAACUCAACGCCUAACCACAGUCCUGUUCUCAAUCCGCGACAUCAUCUAACGAAACAUAGUCAUACUAGAUCGCAGGUGCCGUCACCAGAUUCCGCCAUUCAUUCUGCGUACAGCGUCUUCAGUUCACCGACACAGAGCCCUCACGCGGCACGGCACUCCGCCCUAGGAGCGGGUAGUCCGAUACCCUCCUCGUCAUUGUCCCUCUCUCGACACAGCUUCAACAACUCGACUUCCUCGUUAUCCCUGUCGCUGUCGCAUUCGCUUUCGAGGAACAACUCCGACGCUUCCAGUAGCUGCUACAGCUACGGCUCGCUUAGCCCGCCUACGCAUUCACCCGUCCAGCAGCCGAGACAUCCGCACUCGCACUCGCAGCAUCAUCAGCAUCAAGUGGCGCAAGGUAGUCCGCUGCAUCUACCAGCCUCGUCCGCCGUUGCCGCACAUCAUUACUCGUCCUCUUCCAUACCAGGCUCGGAAUUGUCGCCGGACGGCCAUCCCGUUGCGGAGGAUCAGGAAGACUGUAGGAUACCUUCAGCGCCGUCGGGUAUCUCCACCAGGCAACAAUUGAUAAACAGUCCUUGCCCGAUUUGCGGCGACAAGAUAAGCGGCUUCCAUUACGGCAUCUUUUCAUGCGAAUCAUGCAAGGGCUUCUUCAAGCGCACCGUCCAGAAUCGCAAGAACUAUGUGUGCCUUAGAGGCGCAGGCUGCCCGGUCACCGUGGCCACGAGGAAGAAGUGCCCGGCCUGCCGCUUCGACAAGUGCCUCAAUAUGGGUAUGAAGCUCGAGGCGAUCAGGGAGGAUCGUACCAGAGGCGGUAGAAGCACUUAUCAGUGCACCUAUACUCUGCCGGCAAAUCUCGUCGGCAGCCCUGCCGGCGGUAUGACCAGUGAGAAACUGACGACGGGCAAUUGCAGCCCGGCACCGGCCGGCAGCGAGCACCAUUAUUCCGUUAGGUAUCAUUCAAAUCAUUCUCACAAGAUGCAAGUAGUACCUCAACUUUUGCAAGAUAUCAUGGAUGUGGAGCAUCUUUGGCAUUAUAACGACAACGAUCGGGUAAGCGGCAGUGGAGGGAUACUUGGUAGUGCAAGGAAUGCCGGUGGUGAUAGUAUGCUGCUCGGCGGACCCGGAAGCGGCCUGGCGUCCAGCGGCACUGGAACCGCGACUGGUAUUGUCGCUGCCGGAAACAACGGGGGUGCAGUGGAAUGUUCGUCGAAUGACUCUGGCAAUGUCGAUACUAAUAGCAGAAGAGUAGAGACGGCGAGCCCCAUCGAUUCGACCUUAACGGGGGCGUCCGAUCAACAUUCCACAAAUGGCAAUAUCACUAAUAAUAGUAAUUCUCAAAUUGCCAGUAAUUCCAACGGUAAUUCGGCGCAGCAUCCAGACUUUCUAUCGAAUCUGUGCAACAUCGCGGACCAUCGGCUCUAUAAGAUUGUCAAGUGGUGCAAGAGUUUGCCAUUGUUUAAAAAUAUUUCCAUCGACGAUCAAAUCUGUUUGCUGAUCAACUCUUGGUGUGAGCUACUACUUUUCUCGUGCUGUUUUCGCAGCAUGAGCACUCCCGGUGAGAUAAGGGUAUCUCUUGGCAAGUCGAUUACUCUUGAACAAGCAAGACAGCUUGGUUUAGCGACUUGCAUCGAGAGGAUGCUCGCUUUUACCAACAAUCUGCGAAGACUGAGAGUAGACCAAUACGAAUAUGUUGCAAUGAAGGGGAUCGUGCUGUUAACUUCCGACACAAGCGAAUUAAAGGAGCCCGAGAAAGUCAGAGCUUCUCAAGAAAAGGCACUGCAAGCACUGCAGCAAUACACACUCGCGAGGUACCCGGAAAUGCCUGCCAAAUUCGGUGAACUAUUGUUGAGAAUUCCAGAUCUGCAAAGAACAUGUCAGGCAGGAAAAGAAUUGCUCAGUGCAAAACGCGCCGAGGGAGAAGGCAGCUCGUUUAACCUUUUAAUGGAAUUGUUGAGAGGAGAUCACUGAAUUGUCAGCACAGUGAACUAUGCCAUUCCACGCUUAUAGGGUCCAUAAGCUUAGGGAAUCGGAUAUUAAUAGAUAAUCGCAGAGUAAGAAAGAUUAGGAAAAAAAAGGGGCGGCAGAUGUAAGGUCUAUAGUGACAUUUAGUACUUGGUGAGGGGAUUGCAUUCUUCGUAAUUAGGACGCAUUAACGUAACAAAAGAUGAAAGGAAUUUUUUUAUUUUACACCGGAAUGCUUCCAUACAGGUUGUGCAUGUUCGCAUUCCUGUUUUUUUUUUUAAACAAACGAAUUUCGAAGCGGCCUACAAUGUAUGCCGGAUCCGUAUGUUCCGCAUACAGGUAGAUGCUAAUGAGACUGAAAGUUUUAUUGAGACGGAGACACGCAGAGCAUUUACUUUUACAAUGAUAAGCGUUGUAUAAAUACGGAGAUGGUAUCAAAUAGCAUUAAAAUGCUAAAUUCUAUUAGAUUGAUGUAAUCUAUUCGAGCGCGAGCUUUAUAGUGGCGGACGCGGAUCUAUAAGCAAAGUUGAUCUUUAAUUAGCGAUUAUAAUAUAUAGAACAACCAGUAUUGCGUAUCGUUCUGCGCUUACUUAAGAACAGAGCAUAGCCAUGCCUUAUCUAUCCCGGUUAUGAAAGUGUACUUAAAACUUAAUACAUCAGUCGACCAAUUGUCUACUUAUAGAGCAGUUAAUCAUGGAAUAAUUAGUUAAUAUGCUUAAUUAGUAUAUAUAUCGUCCACAGAAUAUGUGGUUUAUCGAUCACACAAAAUACAUUUUUUAUUCUCUUUAUAUGUUUUAACAGCUUGCCAACAAAGAAAAAAAAACGAAAAUUUCAGUUGGCAUAAAGUAUCGUAAAAAUUUCCAAAAUAACAUCAGCAAUACAUAUAGCUGCUAUCUUUUUUGUAAAUAUAUAUUUUUUUAAGGAAGGAUUGGCUAAUAUAUUUGGCUUUUCCGUUUUUAUUUGUAGAAAGAAUUUUAUUUUUAUUGAGUAUUAUCUAAAGCAUAAAAACAAAAUGGCAAAUUAGAUUAUAUGUUAUAUAUACAUGUUUAUAUAUUAUAUAUAUAUUUAUAUUAUAUAUUGUUUUACAUAUGUCUUCAUGAUCGUAAUAUAAUUUUCAGAAUUUAUUGGUUUGCGUUUCAUUUAAUCAAUGAUAAAUUUUAUUAAAGCUCCCAUUUUCUCAUUGCAAUUAUACGGAAUUAUGAUAUCGAAAUAAAAAGCGAAUUUUUUCCUUAUAUAAAUCGAAAUAAAUACAUUUUUUGCAUGCCAUCAUAUACGUU